AUGAAUACGUUGAAGAAGGGAGUAAGAAGUGAGGCCAAUCUUCAUCGUUCAUCGUCACCGCGUAGAAAGAUGAAAGAACCGCCCAUUGCCAAGCGUAUGUCUGUCUGCAGUUUUGAAGAGGAGCACAACGAGACCCAGUUUGUCAGUGUUGUCGUCAGGGAGCCAAGUUCACCCCAGCAGCCACAACCAUCACUUCAACAGAGACAACAAAAAUUAGCUUAUUUACAAACGCGUGCCUGCCACAUGGAGCAACAACAUUCACCUGUUAAACAAAAUAAUUUCAACCAGAAAAUAUUACAACAGUCUAAUCAACUACCUAUCAAAAAUUCAACUUAUCAAAAUUAUUCAGGCGAAAAUAAUUUAUUUCCUAAACAACAACAGCCGAGCCAAACAAAAAGUAAAUUUUUAACAUUUCCACGUCAAAUAAAACAUAAAACAAUAGAACCAAAAACAAGUCAACAGCAACAGAUAGAGCAACAAGCAACAGCCACCACCCAAAAUCUUCAACAACUACCCCGCCACCAACAGUUUAAUUCAGUGAAUGCAUCAUCCACCUUACCGAAACAUCUCCCAGCCAAAUCAACGCAGCCCGCUUGGAUACUCGGUGGAGAUGAGGAUGGAGAUGUUGGUGGAAGACGAGGUAGUAACAGUGGCAUUCUGGUAGUCAACCGCGAAGUCAGAAUUCAAUCGGUUGGAACACUCGAGCGGAAAAACAAGUUUGGAAACAAAAAACAAUUGUCAGCCACCGAAUUCAUUAGAGAUUUCAAUGAGCCGCUCAUUACACAUUCGCAGCAACGUCAAGUCGGGCUUCCAAGAACGAUUCCAACUCCGGAAAAGCAACAAGCCAUCAGACCUCGCCAGCUACUUUUUUCUGAAGACCCAAUUAAGUUUAAUCAUUCAGGCCCAAGCGAAUUCACUUUAAAGAAGAAUAAAUACAAAAGUGAAUCAAAUUUGAGAGAUAACAAAUUUAGCUCCACCGAACCAAUCUCCCAAAUUUCCACCCAAUCAAAAUUCGACCUUCCUCCUCAACUCCCACCGAGAAAUGAUCCCUUUAAGAAGUAA